AUGUCGGACGUAUCACCUUCCGGUGACGAUGAUCAUCUACACUGUGUCGACGAGGAUACAUGGCUGCUAGGGAAAAUUCCGUCAUCUUCAUCGUCCUUAGCUUCCAGUGUAGACGCCAGCAACUUGAAUGCCGUGGUGCCGGUAGCUAAAUCUUUCUCUCAUGCUGACGGAGAUUGCGAAAGAAAAAUUGUCCGGAAAAAAUGCCGGUCACGCACUCGAGAAAAGCUGGGAAAGCUCCUGCGAGCAGUCUACUGGCUUAAACAAAGUAAUCGGCAACUGCAUAAGCAGGUGUUGGAAUUAAAACAGUUGGUUCUAACCAAGCGCGAGGAAGGGCAAUCGCCGUCCACAAGUUGUCCUCUCUCCUUCUCAAAACCCCUGGUUGAAGUAAUGUCCACAGAGAGGGAUUUCGAGCAGUUUGAGGCAGCAGUUCUGGACGCGGACUACCGUCGACAAGUGACUUCUUAUCUCUGCGCCUUGAGAGGAGAUAGAAUAAGGACCUUCGCCCAACGCAUAUUCGGCUCCCUCUUUUCUGAUGAUAUAACCCGCUGUCUUACUUUCUUUGGCGCGCGUCAGAACAAGCGCGCUUUCUUCGGUUCUACCACAUACGGCAUUGUCCUUGAUGUUUUCAAAAAGUGGAACGCUGACAAGAGAUCGGACCUCUUUCACCUGGAGGAGGCCUUCAGGUACACCUUCAAGAAGGCUCGCGACAGGCUGUGCAAGAGAAGCUUUAGGCGACCUGCUGACGCUGAUUCGAAUGAUCAGCUGAAUUAG